AAUCUAUUGCUGUAUAUGGGUUAUACAGCAUAUACACUAGACUGACCAUGCUCUACUAUUCAGCCCUCCACCUAAAUAUGACAGCCUUCUCGUUAGAUGUGUAGGCGCGUUUGUUUGUACAAAUUCAGUCCAGCGCGUCCCAGCGGCAAUCUUUACUUUUGAUGCACGAGAGUUUAAGGUUUUCAGAACGCUGAGCAGGAAUCUGGGCAGAAUCAUUUGUGUUAUGGCUUCGGAUCAAGAAAGGAACAGUCAGCGUGUGAAACAGCUUUUGGGGAAACCUGGAAAUGGAAACUGUGCCGACUGCGGAGCUGCGGAUCCGGAAUGGGCAUCCUACACUCUGGGAGUGUUUGUGUGUAUCAGCUGCUCCGGCCUUCAUAGAAACAUUGUUCAGAUCAGCAAAGUGAAAUCUAUCCUGCUGGAUCCCUGGAGCUCCUCUGAGGUGGAGUUUAUGGACACUGUGGGUAACAAUGCUGCCAAGGCCAAAUAUGAACAGCUAGUUCCUGCCUUCUACUACUGCCCUACACAUAAAGACUGCAUGCUCCUGCGAGAACAAUGGAUCCGAGCCAAGUACGAGAGGAAGGAGUUCCAGUGUGUGGAGAGGCAGGAGCCUUACUCAGCAGGCUACAGAGAGGGCUUUAUAUGGAAAAGAGGCAGAGACAAUGGACAGUACCUCAGCCGAAAAUUUAUUCUGUCCGAACGGGAAGGUGUUUUGAAGUACUUCAACAAACACGAUGCCAGAGAGCCCAAAACGAUAAUGAAGAUCAAUACUGUGAAUGCCACUUUCCAGCCAACAAAAAUCGGCACUGCCCAGGGCCUGCAGAUAACUUAUUUGAAGGACAACAGCACUAGGAAUAUCUUUGUUUACCAUGAGGAUGGAAAGGAAAUGGUGGACUGGUUCAAUGCCAUCAGAGCAGCCAGGUUUCACUAUCUUCAGGUGGCUUUUCCUGGAGCAUCCACCUCUGAAUUGUUGCCAAAGCUAACCAGGAACUACAUAAAGGAGGGUUACAUGGAGAAGACUGGUCCAAAACACACAGAGGGCUUCAAGAAGAGAUGGUUUACGAUGGAUGACAGGAGGCUCAUGUACUUCAAAGAUCCACUGGACGCUUAUGCACGAGGCGAGGUGUUCAUUGGCUGUAAGGAAAACAGCUACACUGUGCUUCCCGGCCUCCCCCCGAACACUCAAGGCUACCAUUGGCAGUUUGGAAUUACAAUCGUGACCCCAGACAGGAAGUUCCUAUUUGCGUGCGAGACUGACGAGGAUCAGAAAGACUGGAUGGCAGCAUUUCAGACUGUUAUCAACAGACCGAUGCUGCCUCAGGAGUAUGCAGUAGAGGCCUAUUUUAAGCACAAACCAUGACUGUCUGAGUGCUUGAAGAUCUGUUGCAGGGAAUGAAGCUGGACGAACACAAGCACCUGGGAUACGUACUUGAUAUCUCGUAAUGGAAGUCUUUAUAAAGACUUAAGUAUGUCAGAGAAAAAUACCUUAAGGUGAGCUAGUUACUAUUCCCCCAGUGACUCCUCUACUCUAUCUACCAUCCAGCUCAACCUCAUUAUGUGACUGACCCAUUUCUUAGGGAGUACGAAUCCCUCCUAAUCUCAUGAAUGUUAGCCUAACUUACUCGUCUGUGUCGUGAUGCCACUUACAUACGUACCUGAAAGAGGUCUGUCAUCCUGACCUGAAUGUUUGUAGAAAUCAGAUUUUUUGCUGCUCAGAUGUUUUUGUCUGUUUUCAGUAACAUAAUAAGUAUGCAGAUGCUCACAUUUAUUCCAUGUAUGAGUACAAUGAUAUUUAAUUCUCAAUGUAUUUAUUUUUUUAACUGUCAAAUUUGCUAUAUACAGCUUGUGAUGCUAUAUUGCCAAGCACUGCAGGUAUAAUACGUUUUUUUUUUUGGUUGCUGUUUUGUACAUAUUCAAGCAGCUGAAUGUUAACUGGUUUGUGAAAUGUGUAUGAUCACAUUUAAGGAUUGGCUUGCAUUCCUUUUGUCUCCUUUUUUUGUAAAAAUAGUGAUCCACUUCAGCAUUUACUUCCAUGUGGUAUAUUUAUCCAGCAGAUGGAGACAGAGGAGAGGGUUUAAACUCACUAUGACCCCCGCCUACACAAACACCAGGAGCUCAUUAGGCUCAUCAAAUCAGUGACUGCAGUGAAACGGAAAUGUUGUCACUAUUAAAAGGGGUAAAGCCA